GUGGCACGGUGCUCUUAGUACCACCCAACUUCAAACACAAAUACAACACACAUAAUAUUUUAUGAAACAUAUACAGAAAAGAAACCAAACUGGGGUAUGGAGGACUGUGAGGAUUACAAGAAUUACUGGGAGACCAACAUGUUCCUCCAAACCCAAGAGUUGGACAGCUGGCAAUUGGAUGAGGCUUUCUCCGGCGGCUACUACGAUUCUAGCUCUCCGGACGGCGGAGCUUCAUCGGCGGCAUCUAAGAACAUUGUCUCCGAGAGAAAUAGGAGGAAGAAGCUCAAUGAAAGGCUCUUUGCACUUAGGGCAGUAGUUCCCAACAUCACCAAGAUGGAUAAGGCAUCAAUCAUAAAGGAUGCAAUUGAUUACAUAGAGCACUUGCAUGAACAAGAGAGAAGGAUUCAAGAUGAGAUAAUGGAGCUUGAAUCUGAGAAGCUCAAGAAUCCAAUUAUAGCAGCAGCAGGAGACAAUGAUUUUGAACAGGAUCUUCCCGUUCUUCUCAGAUCUAAGAAGAAGAGACCCGAUAAUCUUCUCUUUGAUACCUCAGCUUCUUCUUCCUCAAGAAAUAACACCAACUAUUUUCCCAUUGAACUCAUUGAUCUGAGGGUAACAUACAAGGGAGAGAAGAUAUUUGUGGUGAGCUUGACAUGCAGCAAAAGAACAGAUACAAUGGUGAAACUGUGUGAGGUCUUUGAAUCUUUAAAGCUCAAGAUCAUCACUGCUAAUAUUACUUCUUUCUCAGGCACACUCUCCGAGACACUCUUUGUUGAGGCAGAUGAAGAAGAAAAAGAUCAUCUGCUGAUAAGGAUCCAAACAGCCAUUGCAGCUCUUAAUGAUCCCCAAAGCCCAAUGAGCAUCUGAUUUGAUGAUGAAUUAAUUAGAGGGUUAAUUAAGUUAUUAUCAUCAUUUCAGAUUAAUUGGAGUGGAAUAAAUACAAGCACUACCUAUAACGAGCUAUUUCAUACACAUUAAAGAUAACUAUUUGGAUAAAUAUUUUUAGAGUAAAGUAUCGUUUUUAUCCCCAACGU